CCCCAGCCCAGGCAGCCAGGGUUUGCUGCGGGGUCGGGGGCGGCGGGGCCUAAGGGAAAUGACGCCACUGUCACGAUACAGUCCCAUAGGUGUCCCGAUAGCGGCGUAGCUCCCUAGGUCCUUCUAUCGUGGCCAUACCCCCGUCCCAGGCCCACCCCAGCGCCAGGUGUCCCGGGGUCGGGGUUCAGCGCCUCCGCUGGAUUUGCUCCGGCCCCUGGAACAAAGGGUGAGCAGGCGUCAGUGACGGUAAUCGUGGCUCCUUAGUGACCCACCCGGGGGGUCUGUGGUGCAGGGCCUCUGCUCGCCCGGCGGUGUUUGAAAAGGGACCGUUACCCAGGAAACCCUUCCCUCGGCCCGGGCAAGGCAAUGCCGUUAGCGCAGGUCUUUUUACUGAGGAUCUUAAAGCACUUUAUGAACAAUCAUUAAUGAAGACUCAGCAGCCAUGGGAGGCAGGAUUUAUCAUAACCCAUACUGUUAAGUAAUGCUAAGAUACAAAAGAAAUUUAAAAAUCCAUCCGGAAUUCAGUGACACCCAAUACAGGCACCAGUGAAUAUGUCAUUCAGUCAAAAUAGACCGCCAACAUCAGAGUUGGUAGAGCUUCAUGUUUUUUAUGUCCCAGAAGAAGUGUGGAACUUCACAUUAAAUACAGUUUCUGCAGAUCUUACUAGCAAAUUCAUUUCAGCUGGAUUUAUAAGGGUGCCUCGUCAUGUCACAUUGAGAGCACUGCGGGAGGAGCUUGGAGACUUCCUGGGUGAAGAUGCUGUUGCAGAUAAGUUUAUAUUUCUGAAACAUAUAGGGAAAAAGCUAGCAGUGGUGAAGGCAAAGCAAGAAACAGAACUGAAACUCAAGUUAUUUGCUCCCCCACAUGCACUUCAUCCCGAAUUAUAUUUGCUCCCUGGAGUGGACCACUUAGAAAUUGCUUAUUCAUUAUCAACAACUCCAGAUACACAGCACUUUAAUGCAGAAUCCCAUAAGUCUCCCCAUGGACCAAGUACUUUAAAUCUUCCAAAGAAAGAGCAUGAAAAAAGUCCAACAUUUCUAGAAAGUCCACAGAAAAAUACUCUCAUGCAGAAUCAGGAAGAUUCUAGUUCUUUAGGAUGGAGUGAGACAGAAAAAGAAAUGAUUUCAGUUUUGCACAUAAAACCUGAACAAAGCCUGAACAACAGGACUUGGGAAAAACAGAUUCCACGUAGAAGGAAAGACCAAAUUGGAUCCAAUGAAUCUCUACGCAUACCAAGUAGUUUAAAUCCCACAAAGUGGGAGUCUGCAAAAAAUCCUACAUCUUUGGAAAGUGCUCAGAAAAAUCAUCUAAGCCAGGAUCAGAAAGAAUCUAAUACAUGUAGGUGGAGUCAAAAAGACAAAGGGACUAUUUCAGGUCAUCAUGUAAAACAGAGCACUGAACAAGCCAAGAACAAUGAGACUCAGGAAAAUCACAUUCCCCCUGGAAGAAAAGAAGAAAUCCCUAUGGUGGUGGCUGAAAAUGUGGAAAAUAGAGGCAAUCUAAAAGCUAUCAGGAUGGGAAGAAACACUGCAGGCGAUUCCGGUAUUCCAGAAUCAUUGGAAGAUGGAGACAAGGAAUAUUUGCACAAUAAGAAAAGCCCUCAGCAGUCUGGAAUUAGAGAAUCUGUGACUGAUAUUGGUAUCAAACAGGAUGAUAAGACAGAUAAGAAUAACAUAAAUCGUCUUGAGUAUUCAAGUCAAUACAUUUCUCCUCCUCCUCCACCGUCUCUUUCUAUAAACAGAUCUCAAGUUCCCAUAUUUCAGACAGAGAAAAGCAAGAUGGUUGAACAACUGAAACAAAUGAAGGCAGAAAGAAGGCACAUGGAAAGAACUAGAGAGGAACUGGUUAAAAAAGCCAAAGGUUUGCUUGAACAAAAUAAGCUGAGGAGAUAUCAUGCUCGUGAUGCAUGGAAAAAGAAAUAUUUUGAAACUAAGAAAGCUACAGCUUCAUUGGAGGACAUUUUAAAUAAACUGCGACAAGAUGUAGAGCUUUACUAUCAAAAGUUACUGUUGCAGCUGGAAGCCAGAGAUAUCAGGAAACGACCAAACAAUUUAACACACAUUGCAAACGCCAAGAACACCACAAUCAUCCAGAUUACAACAGUGCAGCACGAAAUUGAUCAACUAAAGAGAAAGCUGGAUAAUACAAAAAUGAAACUCAUAAUAGAAAUUAAGAUGAGAAAGCAGGCAGCCUCUGAUUUACGAGCAUUGAGAGCAGAGCUGGCACAGAAGAAAAUUCAGUCAUCUUUAAUACUUCAGUCUGAAACACCAGUAUUUUAGAAGGAUCGCAUUACUUGAGAUUGUGUAAUAUAUUUGUAUAGAAGCUCAGCAUGUCAGUAUUGUUUUUAUGUUCCUAUGCUUUUAUUGUAAAGAGACUUUUCAAUAUGUAAGAUAGGAUAAUUGUAUAUGUUAAAAUAGAGGUAUAUCAUGUAUUUAAAAUGCCUUAAAAUAGCUCAAGCUAAUAAUUGUAACUCAGUUGUAAUUCACUUAUACUCAUAAAACAUGCAGUUUAAUCUAUUAGCGUGUUUAUUUUUUACUAUAAGCUAAUCAAAUGUAAAG